GCAUUGAACAUCGGAGCAUUGAUAGGAAAUAGAGGCGUACCGGCAAUAGUUUGAAAUGAAUUAUUGGCAAAUUUAUUCCCGUCUGCAGUGAUUUGUUUGUCAUUCCGAGAUAUCGUGAGUGGAUGUAAGUUUCGGCUUGGACUGAUUCACUGCCAGCUGCAAGCGGCCCGUUUUGUCCUCUUGGCUUUCGUUUUCUCGACAGCUUGAAAGGAGAAUAAUUUGAUCUCUGUGAAUCACUUCCAUUGUGCUUUUUUGUUGUCGAGCGCCUCUACAUCAAACCAGCUUUGAGCCUCCGAGCUAGGAAUCGUCAGAAACAUAAUCUGAUAAAACGUUCAUCGAAAACACUAUAUCCAACAUUUUCACAAUUCAUAAUAACACCAAGAAACACACCAAAGAACAGACAACCCAAAAAUGUGCAACGUCACCUUCUUCAAACAAAAAAGCUGCAACCACACCUGGGCCGUCAUCACCACCCCCUGCGGCCCGUACAUGGACUUUUCCACCUGCGCCAGCUUCUGCGGCGGCGACAGCAUCAAGAAGACUCCCAAGUUCUACAAGACGAGCACCAGGGCGUGUCCGAGAUGCGAUCUGGGCGGAAUGUAUGAUCGGCGGGUGGUGCAGAUGGUGGAGAGGAUGGGGUGGGGGAUUCAUUGGGGGUUGGAUCCGGAGGGAGGGGAUUGGGCUGUUGAGAUGAGGAUGGGGGAGACGAGGGGGUGUGUGAUUUUGUGAAUUAUUAUUUUUUUUGAUUGAAAAAGAUGAGUUUUGAGAGUUGAGCGUUGUUGGAAGUUGAUAUAUGCUUCGCUGGAAGGGUGGCGUUUUAGUGUGGUGGCGUAUGUACUCGUGCUUAGAUCUUGGUACAACAGCAGCGACAGGACCUCACUUGAAAACGAAUAGAAUAUUAAAGCCCACUCCACGGGUAUUUUCAUAAAAAACUCCUCUCAUUAAAAUCACCAAAAUUCUUCAAAUUACUUUGAAACUUCAUUCAGCUUUAUGACAUCACGUGGCCCCACCAAGUGCCAUUCGACAUCAGUCAAACUUGCCC